AUCUGAAAAAUUCAAAUUCAGUCUUCAUAGAUUGGUAUCUUCUACAUAUUUAUAUAUACAACUGAAGUGCGAAAUAUUUUACCCAUCCAACCAUUUUAAAAACGGGAUAAUCUGGAAUUUGUGGUUUUUAAGAAGAAAAUCACUAUGUCUGUUGUUUGCCCACGUUUGAAUCCCUUUGCCUCAGAUCCCAUUGUGAUUACUUCGCUGAAUCAGUAUGAGCUUCGAUUAUCUACAUACAACAGAGUCCCAGGAACGGAAGUGACGUUAUCAUGUGUGGAUGACCUUCGUGUUCAAGGUCAGAGCGUCAUAAAGUGUCAAGAAGAUGGAAAUUGGAACUUUGAUUCUCGCCCCUAUUGUGCUAAACCUUCCCUGUAUGGUACCCCAACUGCAGAUGACCCGGUGACCUCUGACCUCCCUGACAGCGCUAAGAUUCUGAUUGGUGUAUUGGUUGCCGUGACGAUGGUUGUUACGAUCAUCAUGAUCUUCAUCAGCUGUCUCAUCCGAAAGAAGAUGAAUGAGCUUCGAAAACACCAGAAACUCCGAGAGAAAUUUUCACAAACAGAUGAAGAGGAGAAAAGAAGUAGAGGACUCGUUUUCAUGAAUAACAACACCCAAUCACACAGAUCUCUGAUUGACUAUGACUACGCAGCAGUUGCAAGCAGCGACAUCUCUGUGAAUGAAACCAGGAACGACAACUCUGUGACAAAGUAUAAAACAAAUUCUAACGUAGAAUCAAGCACGCGUUUCAGUCCAAAACCUAAUACCAAGCUUGCAAGCAAUGGACCAAAGCGAAGACGUCAUAGCGAGACCGUUCACAUGAAGAAUAUCAACCACGACACUCGGAAUUCCUCUGCAAAUUCUGACACGGCCAACGUGUUCCAAUCCGUCAAUGCAGGUCUUCGAAGAGAUUCAAAAAAACUAAACGGCAGACGACAACGAAGUCAUAGCGAGGCUUGCCGCAGAAGCAGCGAGAUGAUGUCAUCCUCUCCAUCAUCCGAAAUCGGAAUUUCAAAAGGAAGCAAAAAUAACCAAAUGAACACCAUGGCCCCCAUUUUUGCUAUUUCAGGAAAAACUAAUGGAUCAUUACACAGGGGAUCUAUUUCGCUUGGGGAGGAGGACCACCACCACACAGAUUUAACUGAAAUCAACACAGAUGCAAUGUCUUAUGGCAGAGAUCCAUUCCUGUGGAAAUCAGUACCCCGUGACUGGAAUUCACAUUGAAGUCAAUAUUACAAUACGCAUGGAUAACUUAAAAUUAUGGACUCUAUAUACAAUGUUUUUUUUA